CGCCCCGCCCCCGCACGGCACGGCGGGGGACGGAACGGCACACCUAGCAGCGGCGGCGGUGGUGCCGAGCCGAGCCGUGCGGCCCUCGCUUGCCUCCUGCCUGGUGCCUGUCUGCCCUCGGCUCUGAGAGCUGUCGGCUCCGGCCCCCCGCCAUGUUCUCCAGGAAGGGCCAUGCCGACGCCAGGAAGUGCACGCAGAAGGCGCUGGACCCCAAGCGGGACGUGCUGACCCGCCUCAAGCACCUCCGGGCGCUGCUGGAUAUUGUGGAUGGAAGUGACCUGAAGCAGUUAUUUGAGAACAAUUAUUCUCAAUUUUUUUUAAUCUUCUAUGAAAACUUCAUAACACUGGAAAAUAGCUUGAAACAAAAAGGGAAUAAAUCACAAAGGGAGGAGCUGGACUCCAUUCUCUUUCUCUUUGAAAAAAUAUUGCAGCUACUACCUGAGAGGAUUUUUUAUCGAUGGCAUUUUCGCAGUAUAGGGUCGAUUUUGAAGAAACUUUUGCACACUGGAAACUCCCUCAAGAUAAGAUGUGAAGGAAUCCGACUGUUUCUUCUCUGGCUUCAAGCACUUCAGACUAACUGUGCAGAAGAGCAGAUAUUAAUAUUUGCAUGCCUUGUGCCUGGUUUUCCGCCAAUUAUGUCCUCACGAGGUCCCUGUACACUAGAUAACCUCAUUAGUCCUCCUAAUUCACCAGAUGCUAAGAUUUUUCCAGAAGAAAUUACCCCACUUUUGCCAGCUGUUUCUGGAGAGAAAAUUGCAGAUGACCAAACCUGCUAUUUUCUUCAGCUACUGUUAAAAUAUAUGGUAAUUCAGGCUGCAAGUUUGGAGUGGAAGAAUAAGGAGAACCAAGACACUGGGUUCAAGUUUCUCUUUACCUUGUUUAGAAAAUACUACCUUCCGCACUUGUUUCCAUCUUUUACAAAGCUAACUAACCUCUACAAACCUGUUCUAGAUAUUCCUGAUAUAAGACCAAGACCAGUAUACAUUACUGCAACACGAAACAAUGAAAAUGUCUAUAGCACAAAAAUUCCAUAUAUGGCAGCUCGAGUUGUUUUUAUUAAGUGGCUUGUUACCUUCUUUCUUGAAAAGAAAUAUUUAACUGCUGUUCAGAAUACAAAAAAUGGAGGAGAAAUGCUCCCUAAAAUUAUUCAGACUGUUGGUGUUGUGAACCAAGAUAAAAACCCAGAGCUGGAAACUGGCAUGUCUUAUGCAGGCGAGCAGGAGAGAAGCCAUUCGAACAGCAGCACCUUGUCUGACCGACGGCUCAGUAAUUCCAGCCUCUGCAGCAUCGAAGAGCAGCAUCGAACUGUUUAUGAGAUGGUGCAGAGAAUCCUCUUGUCCACACGAGGAUAUGUUAACUUUGUUAAUGAGGUGUUUCGACAGGCUUUUUUGUUGCCUUCUUCUGAUAUAUCUGCAACGCGAAAAGUGGUUAAGGUCUAUAGAAAGUGGAUAUUGCAAGAGAAGCCUGUGUUCAUGGAGGAGCCAGACAAAAAGGAAAACAGUGAGGAUGCUGUUGUCAGCUUAGAGGAUUCAUCAGUGCAAACGGAUGGUAAACAUCUUUCCUCUGACCACUCAGGACAUAAGCGCUCAUCCAGCUGGGGAAGAACGUACUCCUUUACCAGUGCUGUGAACAGAGGAUGUGUAUUAGAAGACGAGGACAAAAAUGUUAAAGCUGGUGCUCAAGCUGUAUUACAGGUGUUCUUGACAAACUCUGCAAAUGUUUUCUUAUUGGAACCAUGCAUUGAAGUCCCUGUGCUUCUGAAGGAGCAAGUUGAUGCUUGCAAAGCAGUUCUGAGCAUUUUUAGGCGCAUGAUAAUGGAACUAUCAAUGAAUAAAAAGACAUGGGAACAGAUGUUACAGAUACUCCUCAGAAUAACAGAAGCUGUGAUGCAGAAGCCAAAAGAAAACCAUAUAAAGGAUACAUUUGCUCAGAGCAUGUCAGGGUUACUUUUUCGAACCCUCAUUGUGGCUUGGAUCAGAGCAAACCUGAGCGUUUACAUUUCUCGGGAGCUGUGGGAUGAACUGCUCAGUGUUCUGUCUGCCCUGACCGACUGGGAGGAGCUCAUAAACGAGUGGGCCAAUAUCAUGGACUCUCUAACAGCAGUGCUGGCAAGAACUGUGUAUGGGGUAGAAAUGACAAACUUACCCUUGGAUAAGCUCAGUGAACAAAAAGAAAAAAAGCAGAGAGGAAAGGGUGGCAUUUUAGAGCCUCAAAAGACAGCUCUAGUGGGAAGAUCUUUUUCAUUAAGCUGGAAAAGUCAUCCAGAAGUUGUGGAGCCAAUGAGAUUCAGAAGUGCUACCACCUCUGGAGCCCCAGGAGUUGAGAAAGCAAGAAAUAUUGUUCGUCAGAGAGCAACAGCUAAGCGAAGCCAGUCUAUCAGCAACUGUGUUCAUCUUUAUGAGGCUUUGCCAGCUACUAAAAGUGUACCUCUUCUGCUUCACACUGUGAGCUCUCUCUUACCUGGUAUCUCUUAUACUUCUUGCUCUCACAGACUGUCAGAAGUUGAAGAAUCCCAGCAGUCGGAAACUUCAGCAGGAACAGAAGCUACAGGCCUAUUUGUAGAGCAAGAGCAGCAACUUACUCGAAGUAGCAGCACUUCAGAUAUCGCAGAUCAGUUUCCAUCCGAUUUUUUUCAAGGUAAGAAGGCUGGAAGUUCUCAUAAUUUAUCUUCUUCAGACUCCAAAUCAGUUCAGGAAAAUAAGGAAUAUAUGAAGAAAGAACAUGAAGCUGAGCAUGUACUAGUACAAAGGAGCAGUAGUACAGCUGAAUUAGAUUUGAAAGCAGACUUGCGACAAACACAUGGAAACCAUAGGGAGAGAGAAAAAAGUGAAAGUGUUAGCAGUGACACAUCCAUUGGGUAUAAUAAUGAAGUAGAGAUUGCACUCAUCCCCUGGCAAGCUUCUGAAGAAGACCAUGAAGUUAAUGCAUCAACAGAUGUUUGUGUGGAUACUGAUGCACCUCACUGGCUUCAGCUUAGUCCUGCAGAUAAUGCAAAUUUAACAGACAGCAGUGAAUAUCUUGCUGAUGACUGCAGUAUAAUUGCCGGUGGAAGCCUCAUCGGUUGGCAUCCUGAUUCUGCUGCUGUGCUAUGGAGGAGGAUCUUGGGAAUUCUUGGAGAUGUGAACAAUAUACAGUCACCUAAAAUUCAUGCAAAAGUUUUUGGGUAUCUCUAUGAGCUGUGGUAUAAACUUGCAAAGAUAAGGGACAACCUUGCUAUAAGUAUGGAUAAUCAGUCGACUCCCUCUCCUCCUGUCUUAAUUCCUCCUCUCAGAAUAUUUGCAUCAUGGUUAUUCAAGGCAACCACCCUGCCAAAUGAAUAUAAGGAAGGCAAACUUCAGGCGUACAGGCUGAUCUGUGCUAUGAUGACUAGGCGUCAAGAUGUUCUGCCAAAUUCUGAUUUCCUAGUUCAUUUUUAUUUUGUGAUGCACCUUGGCUUAACAAGUGAAGACCAGGAUAUCUUGAAUACUGUCAUAAAGCAUUGCCCGCCUUGGUUUUUCUUCCUGGGCCUACCUGGCUUUACGAUGCUGAUAGGAGACUUCAUUACAGCGGCAGCCCGAGUGCUGAGUGCAGACAUGCUGGAGGCUCCCCGUUCAGAAGCUCAUACCAUCCUUGGUUCUCUUGUUUGCUUUCCAAAUAUCUACCAAGAAAUCCCACUCUUGCGGCCCAUUUCAGAAGCUGGUGAGAUCAUCGCGGGAAGUGCAGAUGUAAAGUGUUACCUCAUAAAUAUUUUAUUGAAGAAUGCUACAGAGGAACCAAGUGAAGCUGCAAGAUGUGUAGCCAUUUGUGGCCUUGGAGUUUGGAUAUGUGAAGAACUAACGCAGUGUACAAAUCACCCCCAAGUGAAGGAAGCAAUCAAUGUCAUAGGUGUGACACUAAAGUUUCCUAAUAAAUUGGUAGCUCAGGUAGCCUGUGAUGUUCUUCAACUGCUAGUUUCUUACUGGCAAAAGCUGCAGAAGUACGAAUCCUCUCUGUCCAGAAAAAUUACUGAAAUCCUCGUGGCCACUAUUGCAUUUCUUCUGCCAAGCGCUGAGUACUCCUCUGUGGAAGCAGAUAAAAAGUUUAUAGUUUCACUGCUACUUUGCUUGUUGGAUUGGUGCAUGGCAUUACCCAUGAAAAUGCUUCUGGAGCCAGUGUCUGCUGGUGUCCUUGAAGAUCAACAUGCAUCCAAAGCUCCUUUACUGGACUAUAUUUAUAGAGUUUUGCAUUGCUGUGUGAAUGGCUCCACUACGUAUACUCAGCAAAGCCAUUACGUGCUGAGUCUUGCGGAUCUCUCGUCUAGUGACUAUGACCCUUUCUUGCCACUGGGAAGUGUCACAAGCUCUGAGCCAGCACAGUGCCACUCUGUCACAGAUUUGGGCAACCUGCUCACUGUUGCUGAGGAAAAAAGAAGAAGGAACUUAGAAUUAAUACCUUUAACGGCACGGAUGGUUAUGACUCAUCUGGUGAACCACUUGAGCCACUACCCACUCAGCGGAGGUCCUGCCAUCCUCCACAGUCUCCUUAGUGAGAAUCAUGACAACUCCUAUGUGGAGUCCUCUGAGCUGUCAUCAGAAGUUUUCCGGAGCCCCAACUUGCAGCUCUUUGUGUUUAAUGACAGUACUCUUAUAUCAUACCUCCAGAUCCCUGCAGAAAAGAAGAAGGACACUGAGCCAGCAGUAGCCCCCUCAGAUGUGAGGGUAAUUGUCAGAGAUAUCUCUGGGAAGUACUCUUGGGAUGGCAGAAUAUUAUAUGGACCUUUGGAGGGCUGCCUUCCACGGCAGAGUACUCCGAGCUCAUUUGUGAUUUCAGGCAACCCUGAGCACCAGUUCAGUUCCCAGAAAGACAUUUCUCAGGUGGAAGAAGGAGAAGAUGCUCUUGACAAGUUGCUGGAGAAGAUCGGUAACACUAGUCCUGAAUGCCUUUUACAUCCCCAGCGGAAGCUGAAUGAGCCAUCGCCACCACCCUUUGGUAUGAGCUAUGAACAAGAGAAUGCAAUCACCGAAGCCCUGAUGAGGCAGAGUGCCCAGGAAAAAGACUAUAUUUUUAAAUGCAGCUCAGGCUUCAGUAUGAAGGUGGCCCAUCAAGAAGAACCACGUCCUGCUGAACCUCAAGCAUCCUUUUAUUUCUGUCGGCUGUUGCUAAAUGAUUUGGGAAUGAACUCCUGGGAUAGAAGGAAAAGCUUUCAUCUUCUUAAGAAAAAUUCAAAAUUACUGAGAGAACUGAAAAAUCUGGAUUCUCGCCAGUGCCGUGAAACUCACAAGAUUGCAGUGUUUUACAUUGCAGAAGGACAGGAGGACAAAUGCUCAAUACUGUCCAAUGCAAGGGGAAGCCAGGCAUAUGAAGAUUUUGUUGCUGGACUGGGUUGGGAGGUUGAUCUCUCAACACAUGGUGGAUUUAUGGGCGGCCUGCAGCGCAAUGGCAGCACUGGGCAAACAGCACCCUAUUAUGCUACCUCUACCGUGGAAAUCAUUUUUCAUGUGUCUACAAGAAUGCCGUCAGAUUCAGAUGAUUCACUGACCAAAAAGCUUCGUCACUUGGGAAAUGAUGAGGUUCACAUCGUCUGGUCUGAACACACCAGGAACUACCGCAGGGGCAUUAUACCAACAGAUUUUGGAGAUGUUUUAAUUGUUAUUUAUCCAAUGAAGAAUCACAUGUUUUUCAUAGAGAUAAUGAAGAAACCAGAGGUGCCAUUUUUCGGUCCUCUCUUUGAUGGAGCCAUUGUGACUGCAAAGCUUCUGCCAAGCCUUAUAUGUGCCACGUGCAUCAAUGCCAGCAGAGCCGUCAAGUCGCUCAUCCCGCUCUACCAGAGCUUGUAUCCUUUCCUGCUGAUUAUGCAAAGUUCCCCUUGGUAGUGUUCUUACUUCUGAAUAUCCUGCUACUAAGAGAUGAAAGAGAACUGAGAAACUUCUGAAACUGGACAAAGAUAAUGGGGUGGGAAGGUCCCAUCAGGAUGACACUGGAGUAGGAGAGAAAGACAUCCAUAACUUUUAUUGUAGAAAAUUAAACUCUUUUGAAUAGAAAAGGUCAACAAUAGUUGCUCCCUAUAAACACAAAAAUAUACUAAAAUUCUUAAUGAGCCAGAAAUUGGCAUGUAAAUGUAGGGAUGUAUAAAGGAGGUAUUUGAACCUGUCCAUUGCAGUAACACUGCUCUGUAGCCCACAAAGCAUGCAAGCUCAGUGUGACUUUUCUCCCUGGUGUUGGCUUUGCUAGCUGUUAUUUGGAGAACAAGAGAAGAGCAGCCCCAACAAUUUAAAAGGUAAAUAAAGGACUUUAGUAACUUUGUCAUACUGGGAGUGAAAAUAACUCAAAGGUGAAAUAACUCGAAAUAUUUGAAUGGAAGGGAGAAAUAAAAAGCAAUAAUCCUGGAGAAGGGAAGGAUGCUGUUUGGCAGCACAUGAGACAUAACUUUGCGGUUUGGAUGAGCACAGAAACGCUUGUGGUAAGGCAGAGCCAGGGAGUCUUCUACUGCUGUUUGUCAUACAGGGUAGCAUUCGUAACAAGAGUUAGUAGGUAAAUUUUUUCUCAAUUCCAGCAUGGUUAGGAAUUGAAUGAACACUUCGUCUGAUGUAAAUGGCUCAACAGUAAUAAAACACUGACAAAUCCAAAGGAAAUCGUGGGGCUGUAAUAAAAAGAAGCGGGGGGCAGAGGGACUGCUUUAUCGGGCACCUGUGGCAGCUUCACCAUAAAGCAAAGCACUCAUGCUCCACUGCUGUAGUUCCCGGGUGGGAGAAGCGUUGUGACCCGCGGGAGCGCUGCGCGGGGUUGCAUGCUGCUGGGCGCUGGCAGCGGCGUGCAAGUGGUGACAGCUGAAGUCACUUGUUGGAAAGUCUGCAAACUCCAGUUACAGCUGCACUUGUCAGGGGCUUUGAGGGAAGUGUAAUCAGCCACAGAGAUUAAUUUGCAUCUCAAUUAGGAAAGAGUCAGGAGGAAGCAGUAGGGUCUGUUGCUGGAAGGUUGUGGAAGAAAUCUCAUCGGGCACAAAAGGUGCCGAGCUGGGUGCUCCAGUGAGCGGAGGACAAUAUCUGAGUCCGGUUUCCAUGGGGACCAGGACUGCAGAGCCACGGGAGAAUCUCACUUUGCACUGUAAUCCUUUGGUCAUGAUGACACAAAUUCCACUGUCGUACCCAAAUACGUUUUUCUGUUAGGAAUACCUCUGAAAAUGAGAAACGUAACUAUGGCAGAACACACAAGGUUUUUUAAUCCAUUUUUUGUGUUCAAGUAACUGCUUCUGUUUUAAGGCACUCAUUAGGCCAAGAGAAAUAUUCAUUACAAAAUAAUUAAACAUAUUUAAAUCUUAGUUUAAUGCUGUUCUGGCCACAAGUUCUUUGUGUACAUCAAAUGGCAUGGCAUGGCAUUGCACCGAAGCAAAAGCAGGGCACUUACACAUAGAUGAGUUGUCUUUGGAGUGGUUAAAGCUCAGUUUUCUCUGCAACUGCUGUAAUGUUUACAUGUUAAUGGAUGAUUGUAUAUUAGCGUAUGUCCAAAAUAAUCAUUUUUUGGUGCACUGAAGCAUUGAGACUGAGCGGCCACAGACCGUACUAAUUGGUGCUCUCACUGUCCUUAAGUAACUGUUAAGUGCGAGGUAAUGUGUUUCAGCAGCCUCACCAGUCUGCUUUUUCAGGCAGUAAUUGUCAUUUUAAAUAUGCCUGUGUGUUUUAUGGAAAUCACAAACAAUGAGGAGGCUUAAAAUUACAUGAGAACGUGAAAGAGUAAGUCUUAAACUUUCUAAAAUUGUUGUAUGAUAAUGUAUAUAUUAAUGCAAGUUUUUGAGCUUGUUAAAGGCACCUUAUUGUUUGAUGGGGAAAGGAGGAAACUACAAAUCUCCCAGACAAACAAUUGCCUGUGCAGAAACUGAAGUUCCUCUUACAGAGCCCAGUUAAAGCAGAGGCUGUUAGUCUCAGUCUGUAAGAGUGAGGCCAGUCUAUAAGCAGAAGGCUUUAGGCGAUAAGAGCAGGGAUGAAAACCAGUCCAUUUUUAAGACUUUGGCAACUGGAAUUGGACACAAAGGAGGAAAUCAUGGAUCCAUGGACUGUGUGUAAAGUAUGUGAUGCAGUGUAAAAUAUAUCCACAUGUGAAUAAAAUAACAAAUAGUUGUGUCUCCUCCAAUAAGCAGGUGUUUUUCUUCACAGCUGUGCAACAGCUUUUGUUAAGAACUCCCUAAACGUAGCUCUUGAACAAGUGUAAAUUGGGAUAUUUUAGUAACUUAUGUCUUUGAAAAUAUGCAUCGAGCUGGGAAAAAAAGCCCAUUUCUUUGUAUGCAGUCUGCCACAAAAUAUCCAGAUCCUGUCUUGCUUUAUGUGUGUUAUUGGUGUCAGAGCAGAGCAAGGGCGCAGGUACCCCGCUGUAAUUCGAGACCUGCCAGCUGCAACUGGAGGUGCUGCCGGCCUGCUGCUUGUGGGGCACCUCAGCACCAGCCUUGUUCCACCUCCACCUGCAGCACUCUGUGGAGGAAUUGCAAUGUUAAGUCACCCUUCCUAGCUACUUUAAUCACUACUAACAUGGCUUUCCCCUUAUACUUGUGGGCAACAAUAAUUUCUCCAGUUCUUCCUGUUUCUUUCCUGCAAACCACUUCUGUCACAUGCCGAGCCCCUGACAGAGGAGUAGGACUGGCCGAGCCAAAGUGUUUCACAUGUGCUGGCCUGGCAGAUUGCACCCACGAAUGUCUGGGCUUCUGUUUUGUUCCUUCCGUUUCACAAUUACAAGGCCUGACAGGAUUUCAGAGCUCCUAGCAGGUAGAGAGCUCGCAGGGGACAGGUGAGGUGUCGGGGGAAGAUGAGGGUGGCUGUUUGGGCCAGAGGAGGGGAGGGAAGCACAGCUUGCUGGGGGGAGCGGGACUGGUGCCACUGGAAAACACCGCAUUGGUCCCUCAGGCUGCUGGGGGAAGCUGGGUGUGAUCUGUAUUUUGUAAGAGAGGGCAUGGCAGAGGUGGAAGACCAACUGCUCGGGUAGCCACAGCUGGAGAGCAGUAACCGGCUGUUUGCACUCAGCGAGGGGCCUGUCGAGCAGGACCCCUGAGCAAGCAUCUGCUCUGGUUCCAGUAGUACAGAAUGUUUCCAAAAAUGUUAGGGGUGAUGAUAUACUUUAAAAAUUGUAUCUUUAUGCUUUCUUCCAGUUAAUAUAACAUUAGUUGUUUGUUGGAAAAGGAUUUUUCAACGUUGGUCCAUUCUGGAGUCCCAGUUGCCCUAAGCUGCAGUGUAUAUAGUAGUACACAUCUUUGAGAGCUGGUCUUAUCAGUAAAGAUAAAUACUGGGGGGAAAAAAACAUGGUUUGUCCCCAAGACUUUAUUUUGGGUCUGAUUUACAGCUGCUGUUCAAGCUGAUAGUCUCAAAGCUCAGGUGCAAGCAAAUCACUGAAUGUGGAAAUGUAACUAAACCUGCAGGUGUCAGGCACUUUGGUGGCUGGUCCAUAAGUUACUGCUCCACAAAGAUUUUGGAAUCUGGGUAUAGUGAUGUCUGCACAAAAAGAUCCCCUUAGAACACACAGGGAAAAGCAAUUUUGAUUAUCCUGAAUCCAGAUUGUCUUGCAAAAUGGAGUAAUUUCCUUGCUCAUUGAAUUACACUGUUCUUUUUUAGAGCUUUUUUAGUCACUCUCAGGUUUUACUUAUGAACUUUUAUAACCAGGUUGCUUAUUCUUUCUUAUAUCACACAUUUCAUAAUAACAACAGGAGUGAACAUCCCACAUUCUUCCCUUUUAUCCUUUUAAAAAUGAGAAAAAUGGUAGUGCAAGCUUAUCUUCACAAGAAGACAGCUAUUCUUCAAAUCACAGUGGCUAAAAGAUUAUACCAUGGUUUGUUUAGAAAAAAAUUGUAAGUGCUUCUUAACUUGGGAGAAAAGCUUCUCAGAGUUUGAAAAAUGGGUACAGUGAUGCAGAGGAAACGUUGAUGAAUUGCUGGGUAAAGUUUGUGAAACAGACCCGUGUACCUGAAUGUGAAUGGCCACAUUUCUACAUUUCUCUGUUUGUGCUCUUCAGUUUAAAAAAAAAAAAAAAAAAGGCAAGAAAAAAAAAAGCUUAUUUUUAAUUGAAAAAAUAUUUUAAUGUUAUUUGUGGUGUUUUUAUUGCUGUUCCCCCCCCCCCCCAAAUAACUAUCGUACUUGCAGUCCUGCUUGCUCUCACUAACUGAGUUUGAAGAAAACCAGAAGAGAUUCUGACACGUCUGAGAUGUUGCCCCAGGUUCGACCUGCUCUUUGUGAGGAACCUGCUGGAAAGUAUGAAAUGUCCCUGUGUGCAUGCACCAUUUGAUUUUAACCAUACUCCGUUGAUUUCUUGUAGUCUUUGAAAUAUUUUCUUAGCAAUUUAAGCUACAUUUAUUUUCCUGUGAAUGGGUAGAUGGUGAUUUAGUGCCUCUUGGGGUUUAAGAAUUAACAUGUUUACUGUAACACUAUCUUUUUAAGCAUCCUCACUCUUAGGAUAAAUCGGUUUGGUCUUAUGGAAUUUUAUGUUUCUUAUUCUGCCUUUUGAUUAUUGUGUAUUUUUUGUAGUCUUUUAUAGCAUCUUGAUCAGAGUACAGUGCUGCAAUGCUCUUUAGGGGAAGAAGAAAUAUCUCAUGGCAGGAGGGACAUACCAACUCAUCAAUCACUCUGCUGUUCUUUUCGCUGUCAAAACAAUGUUUCAGGUAGCUGUCCAAGUGUGCUUGGAGAUGUAAUCCUCACAGUAAUCUCUCAUAUAAGCUGUGUUGCUUCUGAUUUUCUUUCAUUAAUAUAAAUAGAAUUCUAUAAGGGCUGAUCCAAAUAUGCUUAGUCUGGCAAGAAGAAAAAAUACUACCACAGUUGCAGGCUGAAGAAUUGUUUCCAAAGUUGAUUGCAGUUUUUGUUGCUGUUCAGUCCAAGAGGAAAAUCUGAUACUGAGUUUUCAAUUCUUCCUGAGUUUGUCUUGGACAUUCACAGUGCUUUGCUGCAACAUAAUACAUCUCUGUGUUAGUGCGUAUGUGCAGUAGAUGCUGAAUGUGUCUGCAUUAGAACAAACAAAAAGCACUACGAGGAUGCAUAUGCUUUACAUAGCAUCUGAGCACUGGAUGUCACCAUUUCCCUGCUUAAGAUUUGCAAGCAUGUGGGCCAGGAGAAAUCAGCCCUUACUUUGGAGAGGUAAUCCGGUACGUGCAUAAGUCAUAAAGGUUUACGCUCUGUGGUGAAUAUGGCAUGCCAGCUUACCUAUACGAAGCAAGUAGCUCAGUAGGAUAAAAAAAAAAAAAUACCCAUAACUUUAAUUCAUUAUGUUGUAUAAAGAUAUGAACAUAUCUACUAUAUGUUAAUAUGUCAUGUCUGGAAUCAAGAUUAAGCAAAGAUUACCAACGUUGAAUUCAGAACAAAUUGUUUUUGUUGCUUUAAUCUGAUUUAUGGUUAGCUUAACAUAGGGCAAUUGAUCUGCUUGCAUGUUUAAAUGGAGACUAUAAAAGAAAUAUUUGCUGUGGUUGAGCCAGUUGUCUGAGUGACUGUCAUAUUUUGUAGGUGCACGUAAAGCAAGAUGCCUGAAAAUGUGUUUUCGGGUACUUUUCCAAAUGUAUUUUCUCGAGCUUGCAUUCAGAACUGUAUUAUGAUUAUAAAGGGUUGCUCGAUUGCACUGCAAGCAAAAUGGAAAGCCUGUUACUCUUUUUGUAGAAGAGUUCGUAAUUUGUUCCCCUUCUUUCAUCCAAAGAAGUUGUGCCCUUGGGCUAUAUGGACGCUGUUAGAAAUGACUAUGAAAUUCUAAAGCUUGUGUCACAUGAACUGUGACAAUUUAUAUGACAUAGCGUCUGACAGUUUUCUGCCAAAACGAUGGGUUGUGGCUCACAGGCUCCUCUGCCGCUUUGUCUGAGGAGAGCUGCCUGUCUGCUGCCUCUCCAGCAGUUGUGUUGCCAAAACCAGCCCUGGCAUGGCGGGGUGAGCGCCAAGCAGCAGUGCAUGAUGCCACCCAGGGGAUGCUGGCGAGUGUCUCGGAGGCUGCAUGGGUGGUGUAGGGCAGCGCUGGCCUCUGGUGUGUGGCACAGCUCCCACGGCAGCCGGUCAAUGGCCGGGCCCCUGCCUCUGCGGCUGCUUUCCUUCCUCGCAGCCAGAACCUUCACCAGGCAGCGAUCGAUGCCUCUAAUCUGCUGCAGCCUGUAAUAAGUCAUGCGUGGCAAAGCUUUUAGGUGGCAUUACAUGGGAUUGUGAAGGCAGCCCUUCAGCUCUUAUUCAUAGUGCUCUUCAUAGACUUGCAGAGAAAUCUACUGCAUCCCACUUGUGAAUAUCUAAAGAGCGCAUAAUGCUUCUGCAGAUCCGAACUUUGCGUGCUCCCUGAUGGUGUGCGGACACAAUGGUUUUAAGUUUCUGUAUUUUUGUGCACAAAUCUGUAUGCACCUGUCCCUGCUCGUGUUCCCUUGGAACACACGUAUCUUGCAUAUGCACCUCUGUUAUCGGCCUGUUAUCUUCACCGUUUUACAGGAGGAAGGCAGGCAGCAGUGAAGCUUGCACCAUGUAUAAACGGUUGAUAAAAAGUGAGUGGAGCUCUAGGCAGGGUAAGAAAACGCAGUCCAUUAUUUAUUUGUGGAACAUGUGUGGCAACAGGAAGCUGUGCCAUCCUGGCUCCCCUGGUGGUGUCCCUCAUUCCUGCUUCGGAGAUUGCCUGGCCUGUAAUCCUAAUGACUGUGGCAACUCCUCACCCGACCUUCCAGACGGAUUCUCACCUUUCAUUGCUCAGAGCUAGUCCGUUCCCCACAGAUGGCUGCAGAAAUUAUUCUCAGGGUUUCGAGUUAUUUUGUGUGAUAAAAUACCUCUUGCCCCUCCAAAAAUAUUAUCAGGCCAGUGACCCUGAGUCUUCCCACCUUUUUUGGAUGUCUGUAAUUUCCUGUUAACAAUACAAUUCAUUUUUAUGCUGUAACAUCAUUAUUAUUCUCCACAGCUGGAAGCUGUACAGAUCACUGAGGGCUGCUAAGAAAGUCCCAGGCUAAUUCUGUAACAGGGUUUGAAGUGGCACUAACUGCUGCUCAUGCUGGAGCUGGUCUCUCUUCAGUAGAAGUAAAUAAACCCCAGCAGUUUUAAAGGCUUUUAUUUGCUAAGUGACUUAAUGAAUAGUCCUAAAAAAGAGCCUGUGUUUAAGUAAUAUCAUGAACGUAAUGUUUUUUUAAAUGAAAAGUGAAUUCAGUGUGUGAUCUGUCAGAAACAGGAAAAAAAAGGCAAUUCUGGGUUCGUUGAAUGAUGUACACAUGCACUAAUUGAAAACAAGCUUAUUAAAAUACACAGCUAUGCUAUUUCAGCCCCUGCUAGAGACUGGAAAGUCACGAUCAUGCUGGAAACUGUACAGUGUAUAGAAUAGAAGCAGCAGGUCAGGAUUUGGAGUUGGGAAUUUGAAUCCUGACUCUCCUCUGCCAUCGUGGAGAAGCUGCUGCUUUGGAUGAUACUCUCAUUACUGAUGAAGAAAUGGAAUAAAGAAGUCAUUUUGUUUGUACAUGGAUAAUUCUGUAAGAAGCUGGGUUUUUGUUCUAAUCGUUCCUUUAAACUCCUGUGUCCUAGGCACUGGAUCAAACGAGUUGUGCAGAAGGGUUUGUGUCCUGCUGCUGCCCUUAAGGUGGCUGGAAGUCAAGUUUCUCCACAUCCAGGUGUGGAAGCACCGCACAGCUCUCGGAUGUUCCCAAGUAAAGAGCAGUUUUGUUCCUGUUGUUCCCCAUAAAAAAUAAAGCGAUUCUGUUCAAGGUGCAGUUUUGUGAGUGCCCUACCUGCAGUGGAAUCUGGCUGUGAUUUAAGUUGCAAUAGCAAGUACAGAUUGGUGUGGUGUAGUGUUGCGUACAACUGAGCUGGUAACCGUGCCUCUGGCAGCCAGGCGUGAGCUCGAGAGAGAUGCACAGGGGUGCAAGCGCCUGCCGCACACUGCUUUCCGUCGCAUUAGGCAGCACCUAACCUGUGUUUAUGGUGUGUCUCUUCACAGUGGUGAUGGCAGCCAGAAUGGAUGUGUUUAGGCUAACACUAACUACUUUAUUCAAAGUUGUGGUGUUUUUUUCAGGCAUACACCAGACAGAUUAACAGUUUCGUGUUCUUGGUGUUUUCAGAACAGCUUGUGAUGGCUUUGCUCUUCUGCCCCUGUUAACUUUAUUGGGAUUUCUGUAGCUGAGACCUCUGCUGCGUCUUUUAGAAACUUGCUCCCACGCGCUCAUUUGUGCUUUGGAUUCCUUGGGUUAUUUUUCUUUGGCUUUUGUUGCAGGUGGAGGAGGAAAAAAAAAAAAAAGGCAAUAUUAUCUGAACAGAUUUUGCAUUCAGCUUGGGCUGUGCGAUGCUCGCACGGACAAAGUGUGCGCCAGCUGUGCCGCCAGUCUCACCUGGCCUGGGCUGCCAUGCAGCCAUGGCUCUGGCCAGAGUGCUGUGGACACCCCGAGGUGUGUCCCAACGGCCCCGAGCUCUGGGGCAGCAAGUCCAGCCAGCGACCAGGCUGCGCGGGCUGUGCCACAGGGGCUUUGUGCAUGCUCAUUAGCAUGCUGGCUGGGCGCCGGCUCUGCGGCGCGCUGGCUUUGCUCGCUCAGCGAGCUCCGCUAGCUUACCAGCUGUUCCUGCUGCUCACGACAAUG